AUCAUGCGUCUGCCUUCUUCACGUAACUUUUAUCCUCUUCCUUUCUUCUUCUUCUUCCUCCAUGAAUCUCACAGCUGAAACAGAGCACCUCAUUUUCUUCUCAUGGCCUCGAAUCCUCCUUUUUCCUCCUCCUCCUCUCCCAGUUCCGCACCGCGUCUGGCCCGGAUCAGCAGCGAUCACAUCAUCUCCGUCCUCCUCCUCCUCCCCGUCGAAUCCGUCCUCUCCUUCUCCAUGACCUGCAGAAGGUUCAGAUCCCUCGCCGCCUCGGACGCCCUGUGGUUGCCCAUCUGCCGGCGUGAGUGGGGCGGCGUCGACGCCCUCAUCGAGUCCUUCUCCCCGCAGGAAAGGCUGCGGCUUUCCUGGAAGUGGCUCUAUGCUCAAGUCUCCCAGCUCAGUUCCCUUUCUUGCCGCCGAUUGUCGUGUAAAAACGGCGAUUUUCCGACUCCCAGGGCAUCUCACUCUCUCGCCGUCGUCUCUGAUUGGCUCGUGCUAUUCGGCGGGGGAUCCGAAGGAGGACGCCACCUUGGUGAUACAUGGAUUGCAUACAUUGGAAACGGACGCAACAAGGCACUAUCUUGGCAACACAUUAAUUCAGGCAUCCCAAGUGGGCGAUUUGGACAGACAUGCACUCUCCUUAGCAACUAUCUAGUUCUUUUUGGCGGCAUCAAUGAGAGUGGAGACCGUUUGAAUGAUACAUGGAUCGGAGAGGCCUUUUACGAGGGAAAAGAUAUGAGAAUUGCAUGGCGGUUGCUCAAUGUGAGUUCUGUAGUUCCACCUCCUCGGGGAGCCCAUGCUGCCUGUUCUGUCGGCAAUCAUAGGAUGGUGAUGCAUGGAGGAAUUGGGUUGCAUGGCCUCAGACUUAAUGAUACAUGGAUUCUGGAUUUGUCAGACGAUCUCAGAUCCGGCAGGUGGCAUUGGGUAACUAAUGUUCAGUCACUCCCUCCACCUCGCUCAGGUCACACAUUAACUUGGAUUGGUGGAACAUACAUGGUUCUGUUUGGUGGGAGGGGCUCAGGAUAUGAGGUGCUUAAUGAUGUUUGGCUUUUAAACAUUGAUAGCAGUAAUCGUGAAUGGAGGGAACUGAAGUAUGAGCUAUAUGGUUUACCAAGUGAAAUGCCCCUUCCGCGAGUUGGACAUUCUGCAACAAUGGUACUAGGGAGAAAGAUACUAAUCUAUGGCGGUGAAGAUUCCCAAAGGCAUAGGAAGGAUGAUUUCUGGGUGUUAGAUGUAGGUGCUCUCCCGAGGUUUCAAACAGUUGGUUUAACGAAACCACCAAGAAGAUUUUGGAAAAAGUUGCAAGUGGAAGGCCACCACCCUUCAUACAGGUCUUUCCAUGGUGCUUGCGCUGACAAAUCUGGCCGGUAUGUCUAUAUCUUUGGAGGAAUGGUCGAUGGCAUUGUUCAUCCUGCUGAGGCCUCUGGAUUGAGAUUUAACGGGGAAUUGUAUCAGAUGGAUCUUGUGCUCCAGUUAUAGCCAUGUGAAGUGGUUCUUGCAUUGAGCCUUUUCAACUAUAUGUUCAAGGGAUACGAGCAAUAUGUUACGAAAUCGGGAGCAUCUUUACAGAGUGAAUUUGAACACUUUACACUUAUGCAUUUGUUCCAAAAUCGGCGCAAGUUAACGGUUUACUAAAGUGGCAAUACUUCAUGCUGGCAUUCCAAAAGGCAUCUUUAGGUCCUAAAUGCAACAUCUUGACAUUGUUAACAAUGGAUGUGGAAGGACACAUUCUUCAUCCUCACAAGUCUCAUAGUGUAUCUUCCGAGCGGAUCUACAGACAAUAAUAGAGCAUGGAGCUUUGCCGGUGUGCUCCUCUUUAUGUUUGGACUCUCAUGUGAUGUGGUCACUGGUCAGGCAAGGAUAGGGGACCAACAAUUUGCUAAGACAAUCUGGUCCUGCAGCUAAGCAUAUCACCACCCUCAUUUAGAAUGUUCAGGAAUGAAUGCCGUCAGCGAUUGCGAUAUGAUUCGACCAGCCGACCGACCGACUUGUCAUGUACCGGAUGGCUCGUGGGCACGCCAACUUCGGUAAGACAAGACUGUGCCCUUGCAGUAAGAAUAUUAACCCUCUGUUAAGCUGAAUAACUUGCAUGCCUUCAUUGUGUCAUCUUGCUUUCUGAUGCAUUGUCUUAAACUCUAUUUCUUUCAUUUUCCUUUUCUUUUUCUUUCAUUUUAGAUGGAUAUAGGACAUGGGAAGGUAAAAUUUCUAAGGACUAUAAACGAAUUAAGUCUAGCUAAAUUUUAUAUUAUGCAAACUUGUUUGAUGAAGUAAUUCAAGUU